AUGCAAGGCUCUUUUCAAGUAAAGGAAGCUCUAGCUGAUAUCUUUUAUUAAGUAAAAGAUGUCAACAAACAAAUCCUUGCGGUUAUAUACGAAAUAUUAAAAAAGGAAAAAGCAUAAGACUGCAUUGAAUUUCUAUCAGAUAUAGGGAAUCAAAGGCCAUUAGAGUCACAAAUUUUACAACAAGUAGGGAAUUUCGCAAAAACUGAUGCAGAAUAGAUAUUGUAUUGUGUUAGAAAUGACAUGAAGUAAAUUACAGAUGUUUUAAGAAAAUUAAAAGAUCAUGACUUCAAUUACAAAGACUUUUCCUCUGAAGAAAAUGAAGAAUCAAAAGAAAUUCUAAUUAAAAUCAUCAAGGAUAAUAAAAGGAUCAUUGAAUUUCUCUAAUUUUUAAUUCACCUCACAUCCAUUGAUUAAACUUUGAUAUAAUGUGGAUCUAAUUCAUUUCAUCUUUUAGUUUAGGUGAAGGUGGACUUUAGAAACUAAAAUCUUGAAAAUAUUAAGAUCUAAAAUACAUCACUAGUAGGAGCUAAUUUUUUUAGGUGUAAUUUAAGUGGAUCAUAUUUUAAUAAUGUCAACAUAAGUGGAAUAAACCUGAAUGGAGCGUUAUUAUUUAAUUGUAAAUGGAAGAAUUUAAGAAUCCCUGAAUUAAAUAAAUUUAAUGGUCAUACUGGAUAUAUUUAAUCAGUUUGUUUCUCUCCUGAUGGAAAUACAUUAGCAUCUGGUAGUACUGAUUACUCUAUCUAACUAUGGGAUGUCAAAACAGGAUUAUAAAAAGCCAAAUUAGAUGGUCAUAGUAAUUUAGUUAUGUCAGUCUGUUUCUCUCCUGAUGGAAAUACAUUAGCUUCUGGUAGUAAUGAUAAGUCUAUCCGUCUAUGGGAUGUCAAAACAGGAUAAUAAAAAGCCAAAUUAGAUGGUCAUACUAGUACUGUCUACUCAGUCUGUUUCUCUCCUGAUGGAAAUACAUUAGCUUCUGGUAGUAAUGAUAACUCUAUCCGUCUAUGGGAUGUCAAAACAGGAUAAUAAAAAGCCAAAUUAGAUGGUCAUACUAAUUGUAUAUUGUCAGUCUGUUUCUCUCCUGAUGGAAAUACAUUAGCUUCUGGUAGUAAUGAUAAGUCUAUCCGUCUAUGGGAUGUCAAAACAGGAUAAUAAAAAGCCAAAUUAGAUGGUCAUACUAGUUGUAUAUUGUCAGUCUGUUUCUCUCCUGAUGGAAAUACAUUAGCUUCUGGUAGUAAUGAUAAGUCUAUCCGUCUAUGGGAUGUCAAAACAGGAUAAUAAAAAGCCAAAUUAGAUGGUCAUACUAGUUGUAUAUUGUCAGUCUGUUUCUCUCCUGAUGGAAAUACAUUAGCUUCUGGUAGUAAUGAUAAGUCUAUCCGUCUAUGGGAUGUCAAAACAGGAUAAUAAAAAGCCAAAUUAGAUGGUCAUACUAGUUGUAUAUUGUCAGUCUGUUUCUCUCCUGAUGGAAAUACAUUAGCUUCUGGUAGUAAUGAUAAGUCUAUCCGUCUAUGGGAUGUCAAAACAGGAUAAUAAAAAGCCAAAUUAGAUGGUCAUACUAGUUGUAUAUUGUCAGUCUGUUUCUCUCCUGAUGGAAAUACAUUAGCUUCUGGUAGUAAUGAUAAGUCUAUCCGUCUAUGGGAUGUCAAAACAGGAUAAUAAAAAGCCAAAUUAGAUGGUCAUACUAGUUGUAUAUUGUCAGUCUGUUUCUCUCCUGAUGGAAAUACAUUAGCUUCUGGUAGUCAUGAUAAGUCUAUCCGUCUAUGGGAUGUCAAAACAGGAUAAUAAAAAGCCAAAUUAAAUGGCCAUAGUUCUACUGUCUACUCAGUCUGCUUCUCAUCUGAUGGAAAUACAUUAGCAAGUGGUAAUGAAGAGUCUAUCCAUCUAUGGGAUGUCAAAACAGGAUAAUAAAAAGCCUAAUUAGAUGGUUUUAGUUCUACUGUCUACUCAGUCUGCUUCUCAUCUGAUGGAAAUACAUUAGCAUCUGGUGGCUAUGAUAAGUCUAUUCGUCUUUGGGAUGUCAAAACAGGGUAAUAAAAAACCAAAUUGGAUGGUCAUAGUAAUAUUGUUCGAUCAGUCUGUUUCUCACAUGAUGGACAAGCAUUAGCAACUUGUAGUGAAGAUAAGUCUAUUCGUUUAUGGGAUGUCAAAACAGGAGAACAAAAAGCCAAAUUAGAUGGUCAUACUGAUCAUGUCUACUAAGUCUGUUUCUCUCCUGAUGGAAAUAUAUUAGCCUCUGGUAGUUAUGAUAAGUCUAUCCGUCUCUGGGAUAUCUAUGCAGGAUAACAAAAAGAUAAAUUAGAUGGUCAUAGUGAUUAUGUUAUGUCAGUCUGUUUCUCUCCUGAUGGAAAUAUAUUAGCAUCUGCUAGUGCAGAUUAGUCUAUUUGUAUAUGGGAUGUCAAAACAGGAUAAUAAAAAGCCAAAUUAGAUGGUCAUAGUGAUUAUGUUAUGUCAGUCUGUUUCUCUCCUGAUAGAAAUAUAUUAGCAUCUGCUAGUGCAGAUUAGUCUAUUUGUAUAUGGGAUGUCAAAACAGGAUAAUAAAAAGCCAAAUUAAAUGAUUAUAUUCAAGGUGUCUUGUCAGUGUGUUUCUCUCCUGAUGGAAAUACAUUAGCAUCUGCUAGUGAUGAUAACUCUAUCCGUCUAUGGGAUGUCAAAACAGGAUAAUAAAAAGCCAAAUUAGAUGGUCAUAGUGAUUAUGUUAUGUCAGUCAGUUUCUCUCCUGAUGGAAAUCUAAUAGCAUCUGGUAGUUAUGAUUAGUCUAUUCGUCUUUGGGAUGUAAAAAUAAGAUAAUAGAAAGCCAAAUUAGAUGGUCAUACUCAUCAUGUCUACUAAGUCUGUUUCUCUCCUGAUGGAAACAUAUUAGCUUCUAGUAGUGAAGAUAAGUCUAUCCAACUUUGGGAUGUCAAAACAGGAUAAUAAAAGGCCAAAUUAGAUGGUCAUACUCAAGGUGUCUUGUCAGUGUGUUUCUCUCCUAAUGGAAAUACAUUAGCAUCUGGUAGUUUUGAUAAGUCUAUCCGUCUAUGGGAUGUUAAGAAUCGAAAAGAAAUUUCAUCUGCUGACAAAAUAUAUAAAGAUAUUCUUGCUUUAUUUUCUGCACCACUCUUAUAUAAUAACCCUUUACCAGGUAUUUAUUAUGUUAUUAUUAUUUAGUCUCUAAUCACUCAUUUCUUGUUAUAUCCUAAUCAAUAAUAUUGGAAGCAUCAGGAACACUUAUCCUGUAAGGAGAAUUUAUUAAUCAUUAAGGGAAAGAUUUAAAACCUUNA